CUAUGAUGAUCGCUCUCAUAACUUGUCCGUAGGGAGUUUGUGCUCUAAUAUGCUUGACAGUCAGAAUGCGAAAUUUGUAUUCUGGCACUUCUUCCAUUGCUACCAUUACACCAAGCAAUUGGUACAGUGCUUUGAGUGAGUUCAAUGCACCAUGAAAAAUAUAUUACAGGGGACACAUGCCAUCAUAGGAAAGGUGAUAAUUGAAGGGAAAGAGGUGAGAAGGGGGGAGGAACAGGUGAAAGACAUAAUUGUUGGAUUCUGUAAGGGAUUGUACUCUGAGUAAGGGGAGUGGAGACCUAUGUAAUGGGAAGGAAUUUUGGUCAAUUGAUGGAGUGACUCAUGAGGAAUUGGAAUGUCCUCUUACAGAAGAGGUGAUUCAAGUUGUCAAAAUCUUGAACGGGACAAACCUCUAGCUUUUGAUUGGUUGCCUAUGGCAGUUUUUGAGCAUGGUCCGUGUUUAGGCCCUUAGGGAUGAUAUCAUGACAAUGAUUUAUUGUUAUUAAGAAAUGUGAGGAUCUAAUAGGAAUUUGAAUGCAUUGUUUGUAAGCUUGUUUGGUAGUGUGCGUAAGUUGGUUUAAGAGGUGCUAGUUUUGAUGGUGCGAGUAUUUUGGGGAAGGUGAUAUCAGAACUCUAGAAUGCUUUUGUGGAUGGGCAACACCAUCUGAGUGUUGCUUUAGUAGUAAAUGCAUGCAUUGAUUUUCGAAUAAGGAGCAAGUAAGAGUAAUAGGCAAACUUGAUAUCGACAUUAUAUGAACACUUUUUUUGGCUUUAUGUGAAGUAAGUGACAGGCUUUAAUCCUUGAGGAGUAAGUGGACAGAGAUUUGCAUCUCUUUGUUGAGAUACUCAAGAGUGUAACUACCAUUUUCCUUCAAAUCAAUAGCUUUGCAUUUCAAGCUGGAUAGGGAGCUCAAGCUAUGGUUUAUUUUUAUUUUUGAAAAGCUUGUUGGUACCACUUCACAUGAGAUUUUGUCAGUAAUAAGCAAGUGACGGUAUUCUUCAAUUGUGGGCAGCAUAUUGCACUCUCCAAAGCAAAAAACAAAGUGCUCCUGAUCCAAAAUUCAAUCAUUUCGAAGCUGAACAUCAGCAAAGCAAGUUAAAGGGCGUGACUGAACAAACACACAAAUUCUUUUUGUUUCGAAUCUGACCAGUGCAAGCACAAUUCACAUAGCCUAGAAUCUGCAGGAAACAGCUGUUUGAACCUGAUAUUCCUCGUAGAGUUAGCCAUACAUGCAAAGGACAAGACUUGGGCACUUCGAACCCUGUUGAAAAAUGAAAUACAGUGAGUUCUCGUAAAUUUUCACAGUUUCAGACCUCAAGACAAUGUAUUGGAGCAAUUUCUAUCAUGCAGUAACAUUCUGGGUCAACCUGGAGUCCAAAUCCAGGUGACUGUCGUACCUCAUGCUGUGACAAUCUAGGAAUUGUCCCAAGAUCCACACGCCAAUUUAAAUGGCAUAGGUGACUACUGAAAUUACACUUUUGACCCCUCCCUCCAGAAAUUUUUCAAAAAGGCCCUUCUGAGCUAUAUGUUUCACAAAUGACCCUAGAAGGAAAAUUUUAAGCCCGUUUUCCACCAUGCUGUUGCCACGGAGGUGCUAAAUAUGAUUUUUACCAAGUUUUUCCAAACUAAUUGAUCUUUUACACUCCACUCCCUAUAAGAGCCACAUGCACACAGUAUUUCCAAAGGGUUAAAAAUUAUUCUUGUCAUCUUCAAGAGAGUUGUAUAUGUUAACAACCAUCUACUCUAAAAGCUUAAGUUGUUGGGGAGGGUGCACCUUAAAUAUUUAAAUCCUUCAACACGCCCCCUCACGUGUGGCGUUCUUUUGGUCCAACACAUGUUUCAAUCUUUAAAUCAGGGGUGACGGUGAGGUUUGAACACAGGAACUUGCCUGCUAUGAUACUAUUUUAACUACCAUCUACUCUAAAAGCUUAAGUUGUUAGAGAGUGUGUGACUUAAAUAUUUAAAUCCUUCAACAUAUACAACUCUCAUCCCCAGUGAAGUUGCACAUAUUUUGAUUGGGAAGUAUAGGAUAGCCUGGGGGAAAUGGACUUUGUCAAAAUUGAGUGGAGGGAUCAUAUGGAAUGAGUUUGUGGAGAAGCAUUAGGAAGUGGGGAGGAAUGCCCUAAAAAUAUUAGUUUCUGGUGGGGAAUGUGAACACGGUGAGUUUCUUAAACAGUAUUUGGUGCGGGGAACAUGCUUUGGAAGAUGCAUUCUCUGAUUUUUUAGGAUAACAGUUGACAUAAAAGCUUCUACCAGAUAGACCUUUUAUUUCAAUUUUUGGGGUACUUUUGGAUUGAUGCUUUUCUGGAGCCUUACAGGGUUGAGAGUUGAAACCGUGGAUGCCUUUUCUGAGAUUUUUUACUGCUUUUCUAUUGUUAGUGACAGUAUUGAUGUGUUGAGAUGGAGAGCUACAUAUAGUGUCAAAUUUGAUAUGAGCUCCUCUAAGGUUUUGAGUGGCAGGGGAGUAGAAGGUGUGUCAAUUUGAUGUGAAUGAGUAUUCGGAGCAGAAAUUUACCCUCUGAGGUAGCUUCUUUUAUUUUUUAUUUGGUUUCAACCAUGACAUUGGCGGAAAUCUCAAUAAUUUGUUUGAAAGGGGCAGGGCUCUGCCCCGACUACUGUUUUAUUUAUAAUGGGGACAUUAUUUGACCAAGUAUGAGAGGCUCGUAAAGGGCUGGGAUGCAUUUCAUAAAUCUGAUCCCAAGGAGCAGUUAGAAGGUUCGAUCAAGUCCAUUUCCCUUUCGCCUAAUUUCUGGCGUCACGAGCCAUCAAAGCAGCAAAGAAAAAUCGGGUUGUAGCUGAGGAUACAGUUGACUCUCCUGGGUUCAUCAUCCAGUGGUUUGGGAUCUAUGAUCUGCUCUUUAGCUUCUUCCACUGUUCGGUGUGUAAUGCCAAGAGCUGGAAUAGAGUAUUUGAAGACAAGUGCAGGGGAAAGCAUAUGUGGAAGGGGCCAAUGUGGAUUGCAGAUAGCUAGUGCAUGUGGUUGACAGUUUAGAGCAUACAUAAUAUACCUUUGAGAUAUUUCUUUACUGGGGACACUAUGAGGGGAAGUGUCAGAAAACGGAAAUCUCUAUGGGAUAGCAAAGAAGAGACUCAUCUUCCUGCUGAAACAAUUGACAAGACUGUUUUUCAUGGAAGAGAAAGCUAUUCCAGUCUUCAUGGAAAUGAUAAGGAAUGGUCAGAGUUGGAUGUCAAUGAUGUAUGGGAGCCCAGAGUUGGUUCUGGAUGGCCAUCUCGGGAACACUCGCAAGGAAAUCACGGUCAGAAGGAUGUCAGCAUCAGCAGAGGCUUAAAUGAAAUUCCAAAAACUACUAGGGCAUUGAGUAGGGAUAAAAGCUGUGAUAUAUAUACUGGUUUUGAUGGAUUGGAACAGCAAUACAUCAGCCGUUCGGCAGAAAAGAGUUGGAACCAGUCACACAGGUUUGUGAUGUACAGGAGCAGGAGCAGAGGGAGGGGCAGGAGCAGGAGCAGAGGGAGGGGCAGGAGCAGGAGCAGGAGCAGGAGCAGGAGCAGGGGCAGGGGCAGGAGCAGGAGCGGGAGUAGAUGUUGGGACAGGGGUGGGAGCCGGAGCAGAAGUCGGAGCCAGAGUCUGGUAUAUAGACGUGAAUCAUAUGGAUGGAGUGACAGACCCGGUUCCAGAUUAUCAUCUCAAAUUUGUAGAGAAUUCACUGUUGGGAAGUGCAGGAGAGGUAGUCAGUGUAGGUUCCUUCAUCAAGAUAGUCUCAAUCACAGGGAUGGGGGACGAUCAGAGAGCGAUCGAUCAGAAAGGUGGAGACGUAGACAGGAGAGUGAAGAAGCUUUAGAUUAUGCUUAUGAUGAAGGGCCUAGGGAUUAUCAACGAAAUAAGAUUUCUGAUGGGUAUGGUAAUUUUGAUGAUAGAGAGAGGGGAGAGUUGCGGAGGAGUAGCAGUAGAUCUACAAUUCCUUGUAAUGAUUUUCUCAAAGGUAGGUGCUAUAGGGGUUCAUCAUGCAGAUAUCCCCACCAUGGUGCUUCUGGUGCUAACUACGAGAGAAGCAACAGAAGCACUUCCUUUGUUAAUCAUCACAAACACCAUCCAAGCAAUAUUCCUUGCAAGUUUUUUGCGAUGGGGAGGUGCCAGAGGGAUGAUUGCAGGUUUUCUCAUGACUGUGCAGCGCGUGGCAAUCGUGAAGGAAGGUCGCUGGAUGAUAGGUUUGGCCACAAUUUGGAUGAUGAGAAGUCGUCGUGGAAUGGUCCAAAAUGGGGUGAUGCAAAUGGUAUCUCAGAUGUUGCAAAGUCCACUGGGUUGGGUAACAGUGAUUCUGGGAAUGCAAAUCACACUGUUCCAACAGCUGUUGGGAAAUGGACUGAAGAUAGAUGGGGCCACACUUUGGAUGAUGAGAACAAACCAUGGAAUGGUCCAAAAUGGGGUGAAGCAACUGGUGGCUCAGGUGUUACAGAGCCCAGUGGGUGGGGUAACAGUAAUGUUGGAGAUGUGAAUUUUGCUGACCCAACAACUGCUGAGAAAUCGGUGGAUGAAAGAUGGGGCCACAGUUCAGACGAUCAGAGCAGAAUGUGCGGCAGUCUGCAAUGGAAAGAUAAGGCUGCUGUGAGAGAUGAAUACCCAGCUCCUCGCUUUGGCAAUGGUAGUGAUGAUGCAAACAUGAGCAUCACUGAAUCAGCGGGGGUGGCAAAAUUUUUUGACAAAGAAGAGCACCCACUCAUUUCCCAAAGUCUGCAUUCUGAGACACUGGAUGGAAUCUCUAUGCAUGUUCAUGAACAGAAUACAGCACAAGAAGCUUUGGGGCAGCCGCUUGCUGCCACAGUUAUGCGUCCAGUGGUCUCCGGAAAUUCUAAUAUCCAGCUGCAUUGCAUGAAUAGAAGGGAGGGUGUUUCAAUGACAGAUGGUUCUAAUGCACUUAACAAGGAAAAUGCCUCUGGAAGCAUCAUGUUUCCAGUUCUUGUGCCUGAACAAAGCUUCAAUCAGAGUGGUGAUAGUUUGGCCUCUCUACCACGAAGUUCUUGCAGAACUGAUGGAAGUCAGCACAUGAUCUCUCUAAACUCCUCAAAUGGGCAUAGUAUUGGUCUAAAUGAGCCAGUGCAACAGUUAUUCUCUCCUUUGAAUUCGCAAGAUCAGACCCAGAUUCAUCCUGAAGAAUCUGUUAAAACACUACAGAUGCUGGAUUUCAAAAUCCCACAAGUCAUCUCUGAAAUCCCUCAGGCCAGCGAGCAGUUUGCUCAAAGAACUAACCUUCCAGCAUCUCUGACUCAGAUGUUUGGGAAGGGACAACCUUCUCAGAUAUACACUACUCUUAACCCCCCAGAUCCCACCAGAUUGGUUCCUUCUCUUUCCAAUUCUGCAACUCUUGUUCCUCCAGUGGCCUCAAUGGAUGGUCAGCCUGAUACAGCUAGAAGGUGCCUUGAACAGUGUGAUCAUAUUAGUGAUAGUGUAAAGUCUACUAAACCUGGCAACAGCAACGGACUCGAUGAAGAGAAAAAACCGAUGACCAUGGAACAGUUCUCUGGAUCGUCUAAUGAUGAGCCUGACUCCAGCAAAAUCCAGAAGCAUGAUGGUUCAGUGGACGAAUAUCAGGGGAAUCUGAAAUUGAAUUUGAACUUGGAGCAGCAGAAGCCAAUUUCAAAUUCAGAAGUCGAGGAAAACAAUAAAAUAAAAACUGAGAAAUGCAAGCAAGAGCAAGAAACUAAUCAUCAAGACAAUGUGGUUGCAUGUGACAGGGUUGAAGAGGGCAAGCCAAUUUCAAAUUCAGAAAUCGAGGAAAACAAUAAAAUAAAAACUGAGAAAUGCAAGCAGGAGCAAGAAACUAAUCAUGUAGACAAUGUGGCUGCAUGUGGCAUGGCUGAAGAGGGCAAUAGUGGCAAGGAUGAAAAGGAAAUGCGACUAUUUAAAGUCACACUUGUGGAGUUUGUUAAGGAGAUUUUAAAGCCUGUAUGGAAAGAAGGCCAGAUGAGCAGGGAAGUUCACAAAACCGUUGUAAAGAAAGUGGUUGAUAAAGUACUUAGUACCAUUCAAGGACCCAAUAUCCCAAAGACACAAGAUAAAAUUGACGAAUAUCUGUCAUAUUCAAAACCCAAGCUUACCAAACUAGUACAAGCAUACGUGGAGAGAUUAAUGAAGAAUUAGAAACUGAUGCUUGAAACACGCAACUUUACAAAUUUUUUCUUUUGUGUUGGACUAUCGUUGGAUUUUAGAAUUCUAAACCCACAUUAAGUUUCUUGUGUAAAUGUUUUUUUCCCUAUAGCUUCCAUAAAUUGUAUAAUUUUUCUUACAGUAAUAUUUGGGCAAAUUUGGUACCAUCCAUUUCCUA